GUGUCUCGGCCUCCCGUGGACGUGCUGGCCCAGGCACGCAAGACGGCCCAGACGCUGGCCUUCGAGCUUGAAGAGAACUGUUUGAAUGCCGCCGCUUCCGGGAAGAGGCAUCUUGAAUGGGGCACCGGAGAUCUCUACGGCCUCGGCCGGGAUGCUGGUGAUGCCUUGCUACGAGAGUUCGCUGCGCGAGUGGAGCAGAUGGGCUUUAGCACCGUGGAGUGGUGGCACGGGGAGUCCUUGGGCUGGCGGAUGGAGCCCGGUCCGGCACUUCCCAGCGACGGUCCCUGGCCAAGGACCUGCGAAACGAAGCCGGUGCCUGUCGCGCGGCGGAGGUUCGGUGCCUGGGCCUACGCGCUGCGGCUCCGCAUCGCUUGGGACCAAUGUGGGGAGGGCCCGGAGGGCCGGCGCCCGAAGCGCCCGAGGGGGCGGGCAGAGGAUCGCUCCUCGGAGCUCCGCCGCGCCUCGGAGUUCUCCGUGUCGCCGCGGGUUCGGCCAGCGAGUCGCUGCCCGGUGUGCCGAGAUGGCAGCCACCGGCGAGCAAGGCUGCAGCCAUGCGGCCACCUCUUCUGUCGGCCCUGUGGGAAGCGCCUGCUCGGCCGAGCCUGCCUGCGCUGCGGCGUGAUCUGCCGACAGGUCGAGGACUGCCAGUUUCAAGCCCCAACAUGUGGAGACGCCGCGGAUGCUGCGGAUGCAGAGACCCUUGUCUGGGGUGCGACGGGCGGUGCCUACUGCCUUCGACCUUCAGUGCAGCCAUCGCCAUCUGUGCGCCUCAAAGCCAAGACCAAGGCACCACAAUGGCCAUAG